UCCUUGUUUCACCCCGGCAGAACAAAAGGCAUUUGUACAGUUUCAUACUGUCGUAUAAGUUUAUAUUUUAACAGCUACUGAACAACAAAAGUUCACCUGGAAAGAGACAUGAAAGCUGUGAUCAGACUGCAGUUGAUGCUGAUAGGAGUCUAUAGUGUGAAACUUUCCUGUGAUGGUAGACAGGAUGGAGCUCAAUGUUAUGGAGCUUUGGGAGGUGCAGUGGACCUCAUGCUGGUGGACAACGUCUCAGAAAUUUCCAGAUUCAACUGGAGAAAGAACAGCUCAACAAUACUCAGGUGGAGAAACAGCAUUGUAUAUAAUACAAAAGAGAGUAGAUUUCUCUUUUUUCCCAGUAAUGGAACAGUUAGAAUCAGUAACUUGAUCAGGACUGACAGCGGUGAAUAUAAACUUGAACUCAACGAUAAAGAUGGAAAGGUAACAGGACGGAGAACUCUGCAGCUCUAUGUUCAAGUCAGGAACCAAGUCAGUUAUUCCUUCAAUCAGAUGAACAUAUCUACCUGUGUGGGACCUUCCUGUGAUGGUAGACAGGAUGAAACUCAAUGUUAUGGAGCUUUGGGAGGUGCAGUGGACCUCAUGCUGGUGGACAACGUCUCAGAAAUUCCCAGAUUCAACUGGAGAAAGAACAGCUCAAUAAUACUCAGGUGGAGAAACAGCAUUGUAUAUAAUACAAAAGAAAGUAGAUUUCUCUUUUUUCCCAGUAAUGGAACAGUUAGAAUCAGUAACCUGAUCAGGACUGACAGCGGUGAAUAUAAACUUGAACUCAACGAUAAAGAUGGAAAGGUAACAGGACGGAGAACUCUGCAGCUCUAUGUUCAAGCUCCCGUGUCCUCUGUCCAGCUGGUCUCUGAAUGUUUAUCCCAGGGACAGAUGAAGGUGUCCUGUCUUUCUGAGGAGAGGGACAGUCCUCAAACAUCUCAGGACAUCUGA